GUCUGUGGCAGAGUCGAGACACUCAGUUGCCGGACACCAUCAACGGAAAACAAUCAGCGUUCAACUGUGCAAGAUUUAGAGCUUUGCUAAUAAAUACAUACUUAUGGUAGAUGGCAUUGUCUGAGACAGCCGGAGGGGAUUUUUCAGCCCAUUUCUCAAGCUGAAUCCAAAUGACACUUCCUCCCCCCAAAAGUCCCCCGAUGACCACAGAACUCCACUUAUAGUCGGAGGAUGCUGCACAAUGUGUGACACGGUCGUCCGACUGCAAUUGAUUGGUGCAAGAAGCGUCCUUCCCUCAACCAGAGCAUGACACUCUCGGCAGUGGACAGUUGGAAAAGGGCUUCGGAAAUGAACCCCUGUGGACAGCCACAAGACUGGGUCAGUGGCAGGAGCACGGCUAGGUAAAGAAGCAGAGGUCUUCGUGUGAGGAGAGAAAGCAUACAACUAAAAAAAGUGGGGGGGCAAACGAUCGCAUCAGCAAAGACAUACAACCUCAAAUCAUGGGGAUACAGCAUCUUCUGCUUCUUUUGAUUUACUUGGACCCGCUGAAUGUACUGUGCGCGGCUACAGCCAACAAGAAGAAAAACGCUCCAAAGCGGAAUCAGAAGAUGAAGGAGGUGAACGGUACGGAGGCGCCUACUGCGGUUCCGCGGCGAAACACUCAGGUCCAGGCACCUUCGAUCGCUACCCAUGACACGUGCCUGGGCUACUAUGACGUGAGCGGAGCGUACGAUAAAGUGUUCGAGUGCAACAAUACCGAGCACCGCUACUGUUGUGGAAGUUGUUUCCUGCGCUAUUGCUGUGCAGAAAAAGGGAAACGCAUAGAACAGAAAACUUGCACAAAUUAUAACACCCCAGAUUGGAUCAAAACGCAGCCUCCCUCCCCGGCACCAACAGGUGACACUUACGACCCUGACUUGGAUCAGACGAACACAACGGUAUACAUCACCUGUGGUGUCAUAGCUUUUAUCAUCCUCAUCGGAGUUUCUGCAAAAGUUGCCUACGACAAAGCAACCAAGCCCCCUCAGGAAAUGAAUGUCCAUAGAGCCCUUGCAGACAUUUUGAGGCAACAGGGACUAAAUAAGGAGAAUGAAAAUAUUGCAGCAUUGGAGGGUUCACCCAAAGACAUGGACACACCUCUCCGAACGUCCAAGAACCAUUACACCCCAGUUCACACCAUGCUAGCAAACCACGGGCACUAUGGGAAAGAGAACUUCCGCCAAGGCCAACUUGAUCAUAACUUCAUCUCCUCUGGAUUCGUGACACUGGGACGACCGCACCUAAAAGCGCAGCACUCUGUAGACGAUUUAGGGCAGCUGUCCUGGCAGGGAGAUCUGGACGUUCCUAAUAUCUCCUACAGCAGCCACCAACAUGAUUAUCAACAUAGUCACCUGGAUCUUACCCAGGCCCACACACCUAAAAUUGCCCACAGACAAAUGAGACAUGAGAAGCCCCAGCGCAUGAACAACAUCCUAACCUCGCAGACAGAGCCAUACGACCUGGACAUGUCCUUCUCACGCUCCUUCCAGAACCUCACCCACCUGCCUCCCAACUACGAACUGGCGGCAAUGAGCAAAGCUGACUUAAGUAAAUACUCCUCUCUCCACAAAUUAAGUGAUAAGGACAUAGAUGAGUACUACAUGCGGAAGCGACACCAAGACUUGGCAGGUCGGCAGAUUCUGCAGCCGCCCCACAUGGUGAAGCUGAACACAGAGCCCCACCAGCAGCACCGUCAGCGGCCUCACCGUGUCCAGAGGGCCAUGUCCCAGGACCAUGUGCUGUCCCCAGAGAGGACCCCACGCCAUGGCUACGGCCUCUCAGCCUACAACAUGGGCGUCUCUUCCUACGGCAGCCGCAUUCUCUCAGAGGAGCAGCUGCUCUCUGCAGACCGCCUCCAGUCCCAGGACCCCCUGCUCUCGCCGGACAAGAUGCUGUCGCUGCGGCGCUCCAACUUCCGGGAGAAGGCCAUGUCGCGGGCCAUGUCCCAUGUAGACAUCAACUUUGUGCCCACCACACCUGUCAUAGACCGCAGUGAGCGCUACGCUAAGAUGCAAAAGAUGCACUCCCAUCCCACUACCAUCAACGACUCAUACAACACGCUCACCGUCAACCACCCAACCACCAACAAGAGGCAGCAGUUUGCCUCGCGACGGACACACACCGUGGACCAUCUACAGUACAUCCCAGGCCACCAGCACAACAACCAGUACCGCACAGCCAGUAAGAACGAGGUAACUGUUUAACGAGAGGGUGGCUGGCCAAGGAUUCCUGUGUCAACAGACUGUCAACAGAUGAAAACAGCAGAUACUUCCAGAGGUGUGCAACCUCACCAUAGGUCUUCUUUUCAAAGUAGCCAACAACUAACCCUUCUUGCUUUCAGCUCAAGCUCUCUGUUUCAUUCAGAUUUGGAUCAUCACAACUAGAAUCAACCACAAAGACAUCAGUACUUUAUCUAUAAGGCAACAUAAGGGCUUUGCACGUUGACACAUAAGGAAUGCUUUAUGUGAGGUUAUCCGGAAGAAGACAAUAUUUUUUAAAAAGGGGAAUUGGAAAGGAACUGGAUCAACUUUAUAAAUAUAUACAUAUAUUUACUAUUUGUAUUUUCAGUCCUUGUUAUAGCUUUAGAGAUUCUUAUUGAACUUAUCUGGUGUUAGAACUUCAAGAGGUGCCUCUCGAAAUUUUUCCCAUUUCAAUGAUGAAGUGGAUUUGUGGGUUAAAAAGCACAAUUAAUGGGGGGUUUUCUCUGUUGGUUUAUUCUUGUUUUUUGGUAACGGCCAGCACAUAUCAGCUUAUUAGUGGAUAUAGUGGCAAUUUCCGUUGCAUAAAUGAUUGUAAAUAGGCUAUAUUAGCAGAAUUAUACACUAAAUGAGAAGAGCUGGACAAGUGGAAUUGUUGAGUUUCUACCCAAGAGUCUACAGUCUUUUCACAAUUAAAGAUCACAAUUUCAGAUUAGUCCAAACCCUCAACAAAUACUUGAUACUAACAAACAUGUACAAUAAUGUGUGUGCGUAUGUGUGUAUAUUUUUGUAACUGUGCUUGUAGGAUGAUUGUGUAUGGCUAGGGUUGAAUCAACCUCAUGCCACUGUUAAUUGGCAGCUUUAGACUGUAGGCACACUACUCCACAGGUGACCAUGUAAACUAAUGCUUCUUUCAAUAGCUUCAUUUUCUGCACUCAUUCCCUCGCUAUAUAAUCCAAGUGGAUGACAUCCAUUUUGUUUUCAGUUCGGAAAAGCUGCUUUCAUUCUGAUAUACAGUAUUGUUGUAUAUUUGACUCCAUUCAUCAGAGUUGAAGAAUAAUAGUUGUUGUUAUGUGUUGACAUACCUGACACAAUCGACAAAGAGGACAUCAAUAUAAUCAUUAGCUAAGCAAGGAUUAAAACUGUGAUUUUUAUGUCCAGAUGUUUUCAUUAAAGCAAUGCCUUAUUGUGUGGAAGCCCAUACUCAUGUUCUUAAUUGUACAAUCACGCUUGUGUUUUUAUGUCUUGCGUCUAACAUGUCGAUGUGUAACCAGCUUUGUAUGGCAUUUUUUAUCAUGAAUGAUUUACCAGCACUAUAGAAGGACAGAAUCCGUUUAUGUGAUAUACCUCAGAAUCUAUAGGACACAAAUUUUACCAGGAUGAAAUUCUUAAAUUCACAAAAUGUUCUUUGAAAAGAAGCAAAGGAAAUGAUUAUUUUAAGCAAAAAACAUAAGAAACUAGAAUUUAAAAAAAUAUUUCACAUGAGAAAGAAAAAUGUCUUCCACAUUUUCAAAUUCAUCCAGACUUCCUUGUGGACUCCCACUGUGUCCUCUUAUACUUAUAGAGUAACAGACACAUCAAGUACAUGAUUUGUCGUUGUUUUUACUUUUCAACUAUCUCUUCAGUUAACAAGAAAGUCCAAAUAUUAUCAGAAAAUUCUGGGUCAUGGAAAUGGGUAUAUAGACAUCUACUGUAGAGAUGUUGUUAUAUACAUUUGCUUGUCAUUGACAAUUUCAAACAUUGUCACUGGUGUACUACCUUAAAUGUUAGGAGCUUGCAUAAUAUUGUUACAACUUGUGCAGUGUGUCCAUAUUUAAGACUUAAUUUUGCCAUUUGUCAUUACAACAGAGGCUAACAUUGAAACAGAGGCUAACAUUGAAACAGAGGCUAACAUUACAACAGAGGCUAACAGAGGCUAACAUUACAACAGAGGCUAACAGAGGCUAGCAUUUUUCUUGGUAAAUGAUAUGCUUAUAUCAUUAUAUGACUAGCUAUACUGUAUGUUCACAUGCAAUGUAGACACAGUAGAAAUUGAUGCACUUGAAAUAUUAAGAGCAAUUAUUACACUAGUUUCAUGCCCCUGUAUCAGCUAAGAUAUUGAGAGGAUGGCAACUAAAAUGUCAUUUAUUUUGAGGUUCAAGUUAAGGCCAGAGUACCAAAAAAAACGUGAUAGUUCAAUAUGGAGUUUCAUAGUGCUUGUCAAGCUCCAAUGAUAGUUUUACAGCCAUUUUUUAUUGUUGUAGCAAUGUCAGAGCAACAAAGAAAUUGAGCAACAAAAAAUGAUAUUUGAUGGCCCUUACUCUGACAUGGUGGAGGUGCAACACUGUGUUGUACUGACGUUGCACCACCGGAAUCUUACAGACAUGUCUCUAAGCAACCAUCUAUCUGGCUCAAAUACAUCCACCCCAUCGCAGAGCUCCGGUUUUACUUUCCAGUCAGUCAAUGUUAUUGUCCACAAGAAGCUUUUCCCACACACAAUGAGGCUGGAGCUCAGUUUUUGCCGUAGGUUCUGAGACUAAAGUGCUGCUAAGUUGUUGCGUCCCAUAAUCUAUCUGCUGUAAAAGCACUGUUUACUUUUGUUGCAAAUAUUCCUUGCCAUUUAUUAAGCUUGUAUUUUUAUGUGUCAAUGUGGUAUGAAUGAAAAUUCCUUUGUGUCUUUGUUGCACAAACAAUGGAGGACAAGCUUAAAAAGCUUCAAAGCAAGCAGCAUAUGACUGUUCCUGUGCAAAUGUUUUUGUUUACAGAUGAAUUAUUAAAGCACAUCCCAUGUGUAUUGUACAAAACAAUAAUCCGUUUAGUAAAUAUGGAGUCUGUGGGAAUUUUUUCACAUAUUCAUUUAAACAAUAUUCACGAAUUAGAGAGUGAAUUGGUAAUAUUGGUAUUGUGUUUUUUCAUGGCUGAGGUAUAAACAUAUAACUAACUGUUUGUAAAGAAUGACAGAGAACUAUAACCCACAUCUACUGUAUAUAUGGAAUUGUACAACUUGUUUGACAGUCUAAUAAAUGUAUAAACCUAAACAUUUCAACAUCAAAUUAGCAUAUACCCCAUAGAUAUAAUACUAUGGACCCCCAGGUUAAGUUACAAAUCAUUGUUAUCUUGUCACCUAUAUUAACUAGACUAAAUGCUACUCUGCGAUUUUUGCAAGAAGUUGCCCAAAUUGUAACCUCACCCACAAGGUCUUACACACCACACAUUUGGAAUACACAUGAAACAAGAUAAAGAAACAACAUCUUUAUCCACUAAGGGGACUGAUGACAAGACAUGCUAUAGUAUAUCCCUUUGUCCUUUGUCAUUAAAUAAAGC